AUGAAGGCGGCCUCUUCCAAGGAAGCGGCUAUGGCAGAGGAUUCUGGGCAGAGGGGACAGGAAGUGUCAAGGCUGAGGCAGAUUCGGGAGCUCUACAAGCAGCGGCUGGAUGAAAUUGAAAUGUUGGAGAGACAUAUCAUUCAGGGCCGUGCACGAGCUCUUGCAGAGAAAGAACGGAUCAUGCAACAGGCCGAUGUGCAUGCCCAGGAGACCUUCAUCAAGAUCCCUCCAGUGAAGUCUAUCUUCAGAUGGUGUGUGGACAGUGUGUUGCUACAGAAGCAUCAUUUGAUCUGCCCGGAUGAUUACUACAGUGAUACCGUACCAUUUUGCUCUGCACCUAAAGGCGUCUCUGUCCCUGGAUGUUCAAAACUCACGUUCAGUUGUGAGAAGCGUUCUGUCCCAAAGAAGCACCUGACCAAGAAGCUUGAAGAUCCCUGCAGGAAGAUGCUCACUAAGUCUGACGAGGAGCUGGACUACACUGUGGACAGUCUGACAUGGGACUCAUCUUUAGAGGCCAAGCGCAAGACUGUCCAGAAAACAGGUCCGCCCAAGAAUAAGAAUUGGAUGAACCACUUACCUGUGCCCCAGAGAGAACUGGAGCGACUUCUGCUUGCCAGAAUGGACAGUCGGAUCCGCUUCCUUAAAAACCCCCGGUUUUUCCCUCCUAACACUCCACGUGGAGGCACGUCUCUCCUCUUUCCUCCGAAGAAGCCAGUGCUGACAGGAGACCUCCAGAGUGGAGAGCCAGUGGAGAGUUGUGCUGAUACCCCAGUGUUUCUUGCUAAACCAUCAAUCGGAUUUUUCACAGAUUAUGAAGUUGGGCCAGUUUAUGAGAUGGUGUGCGCCUGGCGACUGUCAAGUGCAGGAAGGCUGGCAAUGCUGGCUUCAUCUUUGGCCCUCCAUCGUGUUCACGUUCGUCAGGUCCAGACAUUGUGGAAAGUAGCCAUGUGGCAGCUGCCUGAAUCAUUGGCCCCCGGAUUCCCCCUGUCAGCUGGCUGGUCAGAGCUGUGGCUGUCAUGGGCAGGGGGUUCUGGGGUACUCCAUGCUGGAACUGUCCUGGGGAGAUGGCUGGAGCUGAAGUCGGUGCCGUCUGGGGGUGGUCCUGGAACUCUCUGUGCAGAGGGCACCCUGGCAGGACGGCUAAAGGUGAAGUGGGUACAGGCUGAGAUGUCCCAGGGCGUCUGCACAGGAGUGCCCUUGGGGGCAUCUGGAGCUGAAGCAGGCACGGACCAGGAGACCCUGGAUGGCCCAGGAAGGGGCACCCCUGCGAGGUGGCUGGAGCUGAGGCAUGGCAUGGGCUCGAGUUUCCUAGGAUACUCUGCACAGGAACACCCUGGUGGGGCAGCUGGAGCUGAGGUGGGCAUGGGCCAGGGGGUGCCAGGGUGCUUUGUGCCGGGGGUGACCCAGCAACUCUGGCACAGUGGUGGUGGCAGCCUGGGGUGUUCCGGGAUGCUUUGCAUUUGUGAUGGCUGGAGUUGCACCUCCUUCAUUUUCAUUCUCGCCUCCACCAUCCUAGGGAAUCAGACUGAGACCCAGCUUAGUAGCCGCCAACUCUGCUCACCAGAUGCAAAGACUGCCAGGCCUAAUCGUGACCUAUUUCAUCUCUACCUCUGCCCGCGCUUCCGCCGCCAGGCGGUAGUCGGCCGGUCCGGGGCUCGUCACAGUUCAAGAAUCACCGCCAGCCGCUGCCUAAGAGUCAUCCCGCCCGCGCCGUCGACGCCAGACCAAGCAGCUGGGAUUGGUCAUCGUGCUCGUCACUUUCUGUUGCUCGCGCCGCCGCCACAAGUGCUAAGGCGUCUCAAGUCAGGCCGCCGCCUCUUGGCUCGCUACAUAUUACUAAAUCUUAACACUGCGGCUUUCUUAAAGUUGCUCAUGUUCCUACAGGCUCCCACUCCCCAUUGCCGCCGGGUGGCCUUUGGCCCAGACCAUCUACUCAUGGAGCAGCCCCUGGCUGUGGUGGGGACUCGCUGCUGUACCCCUUGGCUGCUGCCGCCUGUAGCCCUUGAGUCAAAGCUCCUUGAGUGGAGGCUGACUGGACAAGACGACAGCAUGGGCUCUGACUGUGGGAUUACCAGGGCUCAUGCGCCCACAGCAGAGAUCCGGAGGACACACGUCUCGCUCACUUCUGCUACCUGCCGGGUCCCGUACGUGUGGGGUCGUGUCCCCGGCCUGCUGAGACGGCUCCCUUGGUCGGCAAUCGAGCUGCAGCCUUGCCAGCAAGUUUUCUUUAAGGCUGUCGCAACCUUGGGCUUCGUUGAGCAACCUCCCUUUGGAAUCCUGCCUUCCACGUUUGAGCUGGCUCCCGGGCAGGCCGUGUAUGUGGAGGUCUUGUUCCUCCCGACAAGCCUGGAAAAGGCACAGCAGACCUUCGUCAUUGUGUGCGACAACUGCCAGAUAAAGGAGCUGGUGACCGUAGGAAUUGGGCAGCUGGUUGCUUUGGAUCUGAUCUAUAUUUCUGGUGAAGAAAGUCAGCCGGAGCCUGGAGAGCUUACAGACGUAACAGCCCAGCACUUCAUACGCUUUGAGCCUGAGAACGUUCAGUCCACAGCUAGAAAACAGCUCAUUAUUAGAAACGCUACGCACGUGGAGCUGGCCUUCCACUGGCAGAUCAUGAAGCCAAACCUGCAGCCCCUGAUGCCUGGAGAGACCUACAGCAUGGACAGCCUCAAGUACCACCCUGACAGGGAGACGGCCUUCUCCGUCCUGCCCGAGAGAGGGGUUCUCAGCCCCCACACGGACCACGAGUUCAUCCUGAGCUUCUCUCCUCAUGAGCUGAGGGAUUUUCACAGUGUGCUCCAGAUGGUGCUAGAAGAAGUCCCAGAGCCCACGAGAUGGCAGCUUACUGGUUGUAACCCGAUGCCGGACUGGAUGUGGAACAACAGCAAGUCCCCCGUCAGAUACCUGUGGGGGAAGGUCAGUGACUGCCACAUCAUUGAAGUGGAACCCUGCGCAGGGACCAUAGAGCCCAAUGAGGUGGAGGAUUUUGAGUUGAGCUUUACCGGGGGUGUCCCCGGCCCAACAAGCCAGGACCUGCCGUGUGAAAUCCAAAACUCACCCUCACCGGUGGUGUUACACAUUGAGGCGGCCUUUAAGGGGCCGGCCCUUGUCAUCAAAGCCUCAGCCCUUCAGUUUGGUUUGCUACGCCUGGGGCAGAAAGCCACCGACUCCAUCCAGAUCCAGAACAUCAGCCAGCUCCCAGCCACGUGGUGCAUGAAGGAGAGCCUGGUGUGCCUCCAAGAAAGGCAGGAGAGUUGCCGGGGAGGUGAGCCGUCAGAAGCUAGAGAGCACAGAGCCCACGACAAGCGCCCUGGACCCGACCUGGCCAGCAUGGCAGCUGGGUGGGAGGUGGGGGUAGGCGAAGGCAGGCCCCCAUCGGGUGGGCAGGCUGCCCUGCAGAUCCGCGGCCCUCUGGGUUGGCCUUGCUCUCGCCUGAUCGAUGGGCCCCAGGGAGGGGAGCUGGGAGGAGAAGCAGAUUUGCACGAGGAGCCGGUGGUGGAAGUUCCCGAGGAAGCGGGUGUGGGUGCGGAGAGCACCCCUCUUGCAGGGAACCAAGGGGACGGGAGGACCUUCAGCCCCCAGCUACCUGAAUCCAGGAGGAAGGACCUAUGGGGAAAGCAGCCAAGACCAACAGGCCAGGAAGCCCACGGGCCAGGGCCAGCUCGGCAGAUCGCCGCCCGCCUUCAUUUCUACCUUCCUGUAUACGCCGACAUACAGGAGCCCUACGUGUACCUGCAAAACAGCCACGUGGAAGUCAGCAACCUCUACCUGGGCGUGCCCACCAAGGCAACCAUUAGACUCAUCAAUGGCACACUCCUGCCCACCCGCUUCCACUGGGGCAAGCUGUUGGGGCACCAAGCAGACUUCUGCACGGCCAAGGUCUCCCCGAGACGUGGCACGCUGGGUCCCAGUGAGGAACGCCAGCUCAGCCUGGAGUUCACUGCUCACACCCAGGACGAGCUGAGCCAUCUGGCCCUCCCUUGUACCGUGUCGGGCAUGAAGGAGCCAGUGGUCCUGGGCAUUUCUGGGAAACCCCAGGGACUGCAAGUGGCUAUUGCCAUCUCUGCGGAGGGCUCUGACGGCAGCGUUCUCAGCACAGGGCUGUGGCCGGACCACCUGCAGGAGCUCUGCCUCGACUUUGGCUCCACGGUGCCCCUGAGGACCCGCGUGAACCGCCAGCUCAUCCUGACCAACCGCUCCCCAAUACAGACGCCCUUCACCCUCAAGUUUGAGUACUUCGGGGGCCCCUCAAACGGCCCGAAUCAGAAACCCAGCCUCCCCGACGUGCCCCCUGCCCUGCUGAAGACGUCGCGGAUUCGAGAACGCUUGGCCAAGCGAGAGCAGCUGAAUUUUAUGGAAAGCCUGUUGUCUCAUGGGAAAGGAGCUGCCUUCUUUCCCCACAUUUCCCAGGGCAUGCUGGCGGCCCACCAGCAGCUGCGCAUCGACAUCACGGGCUAUGCAAACAUGUGGGGCGAGUACUGGGACGACCUCAUCUGCACGGUGGGCGACCUGCCACCAACAGUCAUCCCGGUGCAUAUGGCGGUCGUGGGCUGCCCCAUCAGCUCCCUGAGGACCACUUACUAUACCACAGACCAGUUGCAGAAGGAGCCUGUCAUCAGGUUCGGCACCCAGGUCUCCGGAGGAGACACAGUCACCAGGGUCCUUCGCUUGAAUAACUCCAGCCCCUGUGCCAGCAGUACUGAGCCACAGCCGGGUGCUGUACGAGUUGCUGGGGAUCCAGAGGGAACAGAUGGCAGAGUCCGCCGAGAGGCUCCCGUGCCGAUGGGGGUGCAGACGGGACUGUGGGCUGUCCCCAGGUUGAGGGCAUCGAGGGGACUGCUGGAGAAUCGCAUAGGCGUGCCGUGUCUGGAUGCCAAUGUCUGCGCACACGUGUGUGAGGGCGUUGUGUAUGCGUGCGUGCGUGAGGGGAAGGUGCCCACUGACCAGCAUGUUCUCCUUCGGGCGGAGCACCAGUGGCUGGCCGGCCGUGGCCAGCUCCUCGUCACACCCCUGCACCCGGCCAGGAGCUCUGCGGCUGCGGCUGGCCCCAUCUUGAGCAACAGAGAAGGGCCUGGAGACCAGGAGCCGGAAGGACUGUGGGAUUUCUGUGGUGUUGGUCAGCUUCAGACGGCCAGCCCCCUGCACAGCUGCGGUGCUGCCUGGGAGCUCCUCAGAAGCUUCCGCAUCUGUACGCCUGGCUUCGAGCCCGGCAGCAGUGGACGAGGGCCCCCACGUUACAGGCUCUGCUCUGUCCCCCAGGUGGUGCCCCUGAAGGCCACCGUGGCCGUGCCCGAGCUGCAGCUCUCCACCAGCUGGGUGGACUUCGGGACCUGCUUUGUGAACCAGGCACAGGUCCGGGAGGUUUACCUCAUGAACCUGAGUGGCUGUCGGAGCUACUGGGCCGUGCUGAUGGGCCGGCAGGAGCCAGACAACGACCCUGGGGCCUUCAGGGUAUCUCCAAGCAGUGGGCUGCUGGAAGCGCGACUGGUCAAUGCACCCCCAAAUACCAUCACCCUCCAAGUUUUCUUCACUGCCAGGAGCAGUGAGCUGUACGAGUCCACACUGGCGGUGGAAGGUGUGCUUGGUGAGGCGGCUUGCACCCUGCGGCUCCGGGGCCAAGGCUCUUAUGAUGAGAGAUACAUGUCACCCCACCAGCUCUGA